CUCGCCCCACUUCCCUCGCCCUCCCCUCCCGUCACCCUUCCCCGACCCCACCCGAGCCCGGCCCUCGGCUGCCCCGGCCAUGGCGUGUGGAGCCACUCUGAAAAGGACUCUGGAUUUCGACCCGCUGCUGAGCCCGGCGUCCCCGAAGCGGAGGCGAUGUGCGCCAUUGUCGGCGCCCACCUCGGCUGCUGCCUCUCCGUCGUCGGCAGCCGCGACCGCUGCCGCCUCCUUUUCGGCUGCCGCCGCCUCGCCGCAGAAGUAUCUCCGAAUGGAGCCGUCCCCCUUUGGCGACGUCUCUUCCCGUCUCACCACAGAACAAAUUCUGUACAACAUAAAACAAGAGUAUAAACGCAUGCAGAAGAGAAGACAUUUAGAAACUAGUUUUCAACAAACAGAUCCAUGUUGUACUUCAGAGGCACAACCACAUGCAUUUCUCCUCAGUGGACCAGCUUCACCAGGGACUUCAUCUGCAACGUCCUCACCAUUAAAAAAAGAACAGCCCUUAUUCACUCUACGGCAGGUUGGGAUGAUCUGUGAACGUUUGUUGAAAGAACGUGAAGAGAAAGUUCGAGAAGAGUAUGAAGAAAUAUUGAACACAAAACUUGCAGAACAAUAUGAUGCAUUUGUGAAGUUUACGCAUGAUCAAAUAAUGCGACGAUAUGGAGAACAGCCUGCUAGUUAUGUUUCAUGAAUCACGUUUUCUGCAUUUGUGGGCUGCCUUGUUCCUUGUUGAGUUGUUGCAAGAGGUCCUAAUUAUGACAUGCAGCAAUGCCAAUACCCCCCUGUGAAUACAGGUUAUUUCAAGCUUUCGUCAGUGGUAACCACUCUUAAGCAGCAACUGGUUUCGGAUAUUUCCCUGAUGUCAGUACCAUCUGGAUGUGGACCUUUGCUACCUGUAUUAAUGCCAGUGGCCUCAUUUGCUGUAUCAUUACAAUUUGGCUUCUUAUAUUAAUAUGUUUGAAAAGGAUUAAAGCUGGUAUUCUAAGAACAUGCCCUUCACUGGUUGUGUAAAUAAAACUGUAGAAUGACACUUCAGAUGAAGUUAGUGUGAUUUUAAUUGUGCACUACAACCAAGCUGUAACCAGUUAUUAAUAAUCUAGAAUGUAAUCCCAGGACAUUAUUAUUGAAGGAGGGAGGGCAUUUCUGUAUUCCAGGACUUCUUGGGGUUUCAGAAUGGAUUUUUCUUUUCUUAAGUUUUCUUUCUUCUUCUUUUUUUUUUUUUUUAAUUUGGUAGUUUUUAUUUAUUCUAUCGUUUUAACAAAUGUUUAUUGCUGCAUUUUUUUCCCCAGUGUGUCGUCGUUUUACUGCCCUUGUAGUACCGGAAUUUAGUUGGAAGAAUAAAACAUUUACUUCUAACCUGC